AAAACAAUAUGUUAUAUGGAUUUUAAUAUUAAACUUUUUAAUGGGAAAUUAAUAAGGCUCUGAUUUUGGAGGGGUAUAUAUUAGAACUGAUAAACCUUUUUAUUUUGCAGGGGAAAUAAUUACAGGUAUUUAGAAUAUAUAAAACUUUAGGAAAUAUCUAUUUGAAUAUUUUUAAAGAUGGAUAUCCUGGAGGAGUGGUAUUAUUAAAAGUAUCCGGCAAAGAAAAAUGUAAUUGGACAGAGAGUCAUACUCGAACUAGUACUGGUUCAGAUGGAAAGUAAAUGCAGACCACUGAAUAUGUAACAUAUUCAGGCAAUACCUAAUUUUAUUAACAUCGUGUAGCAAUAUGGACAUUUAACACUCCAUGCUUACCUGUUGGAUAAUAUACAUUUCCUUUUUAAUUUUAAUUGUUAUCUCAUUUACCAGGCUCUUAUUUUGAAAAAGGAUCUAACUUCUUAGCUAAAAUUUCAUACAGAGUUAAAGCAGAAAUUGAAUCAUAUAACAAAUCCUAUAAGAAUAUCAAACACUCUCAACCUCUUGUUGUUAGAGAACCACUAAAGUAGAAUAUGACAGCUUUAAUGGGUUAAAUGGAAGUAAAAGCAUCAACAUGGUGUUGUAUAGAUUAAGGAGUAAUUAUUUUGUUUAUCAUUAGACAUCAUAUAUUAAAUGUGUUUUUGAUAAAAAUCAUUACCUCCCUGGAGAUACAGCUUACUUAUGGGCUGAUUUAGAUAAUUCAAAUUGCAAAUUGGAUAUUAAAAGGAUUGAUGCUCGUUUAAUAAAUUACUUAACACUAAGGGACAGAACUGGAAGAGAAAAACUUUUUACUCGAACUAUUGUCUCUUAAUAAAUACAAGGAAUUCAAGCAGGAAUUAAAGCUGUUGAAAAUGAUAGAAAAUAAAUCUAGCUUGUUUUACAUAAUAACAGUACUCCAGAAGGCAUUCGUCCUUCAUCUAAUGGACAGAUUGUUAGGUCUGUUUAUAGACUACAGGUUUAAGCAGUUCUUGCUGGUAAUUUAAUUAUAUCUAACUUUUAGGUUGUACUUGUUGCAGCAAAGAUCCAUGUGUUGAUGUUCCUAUUGAAAUUGUUGCCCCUGUCCCUUAAAUUUAUAAUCAACCUAUUGUUUAACCUUCGAAUUGGAAUCCAUAAGUAUUUCAACCUUAAAUUGUAUAAUUUACCGAUAGCACCCUCUAUACCAAAGAUUAAAACUAACAAUCUAAUUAUAAUUAUCCUUAAGUACCUUAGCCUCCUAAUUAAUUUGGAUAAAUGUAACAGCCUAUGAAUUGAUGAAUUAUAA